GUGCAAUCCAUAUUUUGAUAUUUCCACAACCCAUGUGCUUCUACAAUCAACAAUACUAUAAUAAGUUUUAACAACUAAAAUAAAAAUGUAUUUGAACUUUUCAACGACACCCAACGUUAUAGACUAAAUAACUUAACAUUUAAGUAAUGUUUUAAGUGUCUCCAUGAUAAUUUGAAACGAGUUAAUUGAUUAUUAAUUAUUGUUAUAUUAUUUUAUUUUAUCGUUAGUUUAUUUCUUUCUAUAAUAAACCUUAUAUUUUUUGUAUAUUUUCUAUUAACGUUUGUUUUAUUUGAUUAUUUGAUGUGAAGCGAUCCAUUUAGGCUUAUGUAGAGAUUACAUAUUAUUUUCUACUAUUAUUGUCACCUACAUUAAUAUGGAACUGACCAUUAAUACGGGUAGUUAUACAGACUACUUACAUGUGCACAAGAAAUCAAAUAGAAAUCGUCGUUCAAUAACAAAACGCUUGAGAACUAAAAGCAAAAACACAUUUUUAGGAUUCAAUGAAUGGUUUGAGAAAGAACAUGAUUAUUGUUUACCAAUCAAUAAAAGAAAUGAAUAUGAUCAGAAGUAUAAUACUGCCAAAUUGGACGAUGAAGAUUUCGAUGCAAUAAAUAAAUCAUUAAAAACAGAUUCAAUAUCAUCAGAUGUUUCUAAAACAACAAAUCUAGAGAAAAUAAAUGUAAAUAACGAGUUAUCUAGUUGUAGCUUAUAUGCUAUCGAUGUAACAACAGAAUUAUUAAAAGAUGCAUUGUUAGAAAAUCAAAAAAAUCAAAUAAAUUAUGUACAGUCAACAAAUAUAUCAAAAGAUAAUAUUAAUUCUUCUAAUGAUUAUGUAUCUAAUAUUUUAAAUAAUAGCAACCAAAGUGAUAUUACUGCAAGAGAAUGUACACCGCCAAAAUUAUUUUCACCGAUGGAUAUCGACAGUGACAUGAUUAAAUUGUUUCCAACUUUAGAUUAUUCCACCGAACAUAAUUUAAACGAAAAACGUGAACACGACAAAUAUAAAGAAGUUAAAAUUGAAACGGAAACCACUAUUUCAGCUAAAAAUACAGAAGAAACUAAAAACGAGAUGAUAGUUUUGGUUAAUAAAUCAAUUAUUAAUACUGUUUCUCAAUCUUUACAAUCAGAAAAUAUUGUAGAAAGUGAUUGUAAAGUUAAAUCAAAACUACUUAACAAUUUACAGAAAUUAUCAGCUGGCAAUUCGGCUAAUGUGAUCAAUUAUCAACUAGCUUCUGAACAAUAUAUAAGUAUAUUUAAUCGAUAUCAGAGCAAGUCAGAAGAACAAUUUAUUGAACAUGUUGAAAAUCCAGGUCCUUUAUUAUUGAGAGAUCUUCUUUGCGGUUCAAAACCCAAAACUAUUAUUAGUCCUUACACUCAUAGGUAUUUAAAACCAUAUAUAUUCAGAGAUUUGGUGACUAAACCGCUAUGGUUACAAAUGUUAAAUGAAUUAAAAGAACACUUUAGACAGAAAAAUGGAUUGCCUAAAACUACGGAAAUUCAAUCAAUCGACUAUAGUUAUGUCCGUGCUAAACACAUAAAUUCAAUAAACGCAUUGGCAAGACAAUUUUUCUGGCCUGGAAUUGAUUUAACUGAAAGUCUAUUGUACCCAGACUUUAGUGUCAUUGCUCUAUACAAAAACUUAAUAGUUGGUUUUGGUUUCAUGGUUCCAGAUAUAAGCACAAAUGAAAAUUAUAUAACAUUUUUGUUCACUCGUCCUCAUUGGACUAAUUUUGGUAUUGCUAAAUUUAUGAUAUACCAUUUAAUUCAGACUUGCAUGACUAGAGAUAUAACAUUACAUGUAUCCGUUAAUAAUCCAGCUAUGAUAUUAUAUCAAAAGUUUGGAUUCAAAAUUGAAGAAUUUGUUCAAAAUUUUUAUGAAAAUUAUAUUCCUGCAGAUUCAGAAAUGUCUAAGCAUGCUUUUUUUAUCCGUUUACGCAGUACCUUAAAAACCAAAGUAAACUAAUUCAAAAUGCCAAAAAUAAAUUUAAUUAUGAUUCUCAGAUAAAUAUUGUUAACAUUUAUGAAAAUAUUUUUUGAAUGUGUAAUUUAUAUUUCUAUAGAAUA